CUGCACUACGGGACCCUCCUGGGCAGCAGAGCUUGUGCCCACAUGGCAGCAGCUGCCUGGGCUAGUGCCUUUCUCUAUUCGCUGCUGCACACAGCCAAUACAUUUUCCCUGCCCCUGUGCCAUGGCAAUGCCCUGGGCCAGUUCUUCUGUGAAAUCCCUCAGAUCCUCAAGCUCUCCUGCUCAAAAUCUUAUCUCAGGGAACUGGGGCUCAUUGCAAUUAGUGCCUGUUUGGUAUUUUGUUGUUUUGUGUUCAUUGUUUUCUCCUAUGUGCAGAUCUUCAGGGCUGUGCUGAGGAUCCCCUCUGAGCAGGGACGGCACAAAUCCUUUUCCACCUGCCUCCCUCACCUGGCCGUGCUCUCCCUCUUUGUCAGCACUGGCAUUUUUGCCUCCCUGAAGCCCCCCUCCAUGUCCUCCCCAUCCCUAGAUGUGGCAGUGACAGUUCUGUACUCGGUGGUGCCUCCAGGAUGA